UGACGAUCCAUCUUUCCUUGGGACUUCUGGACGUUUAUGUACCUCCACAAUUGGAGGGACGGGGGGCAAGUUGAAGGUCCAUUCCCCUUUCAGUUGCUUGCACUCGUAGGUCACCUGGUCAUAGAGUUUAAAACCGGAAAGCAAAAAAGGAAAAGAUCGAUCCAUCCCAUUAUUUUCACAUACCUGUUUUUUUUUAUUCCAGAACCUUUCCCUUUCGAUUGUGACUAGGGAGCAGCUUGAAGUUUUCGCUCUUCUUCCGUAAACGAUAGCUUUCUUGUCCAUUCAUACCUGACGGAAACUUUGCUUGGUUGAGCCCCUCCUCCUCAGGUUAUUUCGUAUCACCGACGCUGGUAACCAGCCACCUCAAACCUCGACUCUCUCACACCCAACAUCGGAGGCUUGAGUCACGAGAAGCAUGGCGACCACAGAGCGACAGCCUCCGUCGUCCAUCGAGGGAUCCAGCCCCAGCCGCCCGACAAUGUUUCAUCGGCUUUCAGACAACGCCAUUGACGAGACUUCGGAUGCCGAUAGCGAUUUCGUCAAGUUGCAGAAAACCAUCAGCAAGGAGAGGCGGGAAGCUAGGGAGAGCCCCCAAGCUCGUUUGCAGCGAGCAUGCCCCUUCACCUUUCACCCCAAUAUCCGACCCCUCAGCAAGUCUGACUACGAAUCCUGUAUUGCGCUGGAGAAUGCGGCCUUCCCGGACCCGGCACACAGAGCUACACCAGAAAAGUUCGAUUACCGACUCUCAACCUGUCCUGAGCUGAGCCUUGGUGUCUUUUGCACAGUGGUGCCAGAAAAAGCCAAGAAUUGGACAAUCGAAACCUUGGAUACUGCCAAGCCUGUAGAAACCGAUCGUCCCAAUGGCGCAAAGAGCGUCCUCGUGGCACAUAUCGUGGCUACGCGCUGCACCGGAAACACCAUCACAGACAAGGAUAUGGACUACCCCAAAGACUGGCGAACUCGUCGCGGUCGGUCGGCAGACGUAGGACAUCAAGAAACUGGGCGGACCGUUGCGCUGCACUCCAUGGCCGUAGCUCCAAAGCUUCACGGAUGUGGAAUCGGCCAGAUGAUCAUCAAGGCCUACCUGCAACAGAUGAAGGACGCGCAAGUGGCGGAUCGCGUGGCGCUGAUAUGUCAAGAUUAUCUUGUUACCUACUAUGAGCGGCUUGGGUUCAAGUGUAUCGGCAAGAGCCCCGUCGAGUUUGGAGGAGGUGGGUGGCAUGAUAUGGUCAUCGACUUGGUGAGUUAUGAAGUGAAAGCCGUCAAAACUCCGUCCUAGUGGGUAUCAUAUGGUAUUUCAGAACGGCAACAUUCCCGAAAUCAACAUAUUUCGGCGCGUCCCCAAACUUGUGGAAUCAGAUUAGACCUUCUGUGUGGGAUCCCAAAGUCGGUGGAAAGAUUGAUUGGAUGCGCAAUCAGAACCUGACAAUCCCUAUCCUUCUUCUUCUUCUUUUCUUUCUUCAUCUUCUUCUUCUUGUAGAGUGUCAGCCACAGGUUUGAUGUUGUGGCUAUGGUCAGAGGGUACUGGGCGAACAAACCUGUGAUAUACAUGUUACUAGUUUAUCAGAGAAUCCAACUCCAGCGUUUAGUCGGUAGCCUUGUACUUGGCGCGGUAUUCCUCC